AUGGGCCUGAAUUCUACUACUAUCGACCUUAGUGCCGCCUCUUUUGGAAUCUCUCGUAGGGCAGAUGUCUAUGCUACCGCUGCCAAGGUUCAGGAACUGAAGGUUUAUACCACACUUUCUGCAAACGCCUACUGCCGCAGCGUUGUCCCCGGAAAUGAAUGGGAUUGUAAGCAUUGCUCCACGGAUGACACUCUCGUAUAUACGUUUGAUUCUUCCAAGUACGACACCAAUGGAUAUAUUGCUCGUAACGAUAAGCUCAAGGUCAUUAACCUUGUAUUCAGAGGCACAAGCUCACUCGAAAACUUUGUUGCCGAUUUUGAAUUUAUUGCCCAGAGCUAUCCUCCUGUCAGCGGUGCUAAAGUUCACACUGGCUUCUACAACUCGUACCUAGAGGUCCAAAAUAUUGUUGUAUCAUCAAUGAUUGACCAGAUUACAAAAUACUCAGGCUACAAGGUUACUGUAUCAGGGCACUCUCUUGGUGGUGCUGUUGCUGUAAUUUCUGCUAUGGAUCUAUACCAACGAGACACCCGCUUCACUUCAAGUAACCUUGUUGUUUACACAUUUGGAUCGCCUCGUAUUGGAAAUAAGGAAUUUGCAUACUACGCUGCUGGAACUGGUAUCAAGAUUCAGCGUGUAGUUAAUAAUCGUGAUAUAAUUCCCCAUCUUCUUCCUCAAGCAAUUGGAUACUACCAUAAUGGUGAUGAGUAUUGGAUUAAAAGCAACAAAGCUGUCAAAAUCUGCAACACAGUACUUGAUUCCCGGGAUUGCUCAAAUUCGAUUGUCCCUUUUACUUCUGUACUCGAUCACCUAUCUUACUUUGGUGUAAACACAGGGCUGUGCCUUUAA